CAGGGUUCACCGGAAAUCCUUAUCUCCUGAAUGGAUGCCAAGAUAUUGACGAGUGCAAAGAACCAAAUAAGUAUCCUUGUCAAGGCACUUGCCAUAAUACUAUUGGGAAUUAUACAUGUGACUGCCCGCUCGGUAUGCGUGGUGACGGCCGGAAGGACCGUAAAGCUGGCGGCUGCCGGGGACUUCCUCUGACCACCAUCGCAGCAGGUAACUGAUCUGAUCAGAAUGUCAUGACCCGCUUACAUCUCCAUAUAAAUAAAUAAAUAUAAAGAUU